ACCACCGUCUUUUAAAAUGCAAGCCCCAUGGAUAGAAGAUCCAUCGGCGAUUACUGAUGAUGAAGCAGUGAUGCUCCCAGGGGAUACAAAUAUCGAAGAAGAAGCGAAAGAUAAAAACCCCGAAAUUGCGGUACAAAAGAUUCGAACUUAUUUCCCGGAACGAUGGCUGUGGGAUCUUGUCAUUAUUGGAUCAAGUGGGGUUGUUGAGAAAAAAGUUAGUGCCCCGGACACUCUCACAACCUGGCUAACAUCAGCCUUUGCUGUGCAUCCUCUGUAUGGACUCUCCGUCACCGCCCAGGCUGCAGAGCUCACCACAUCUCAAGACCUGUUUGUCAGCUUGGACUUGCCAUAUUCUGCUGUACGGGGAGAGGAUGUCUGUCUCAAAGCUGCUGCCUUCAAUUACCAUAACAAACCUUUACAAAUGCGGAUGAUGUUGGGUCAGGCUGAUGGCUUGGAGAACGUUGUUCUGGAGCCAGCAGCACUUGACUCUAGCAAGCUUGUGGAGACUCGACGUUCAGUCAUGGUGACACGAGACCUCGGUCUUGUGGCACCUAACACGACGAAAGAAACAGAUUUUUGCUUCACACCAACAAAAGUAGGCGACCUGCCUAUCCGUGUUAAUCUUACAUCGUCUGUUCCUGGCGAUGGGGUAGAGUAUACCCUAAAGGUAGAGCCUGAGGGAUCGCCUCAAGUACAGACAGUCACUGUUCUCCUUGACGCCAAGCCUAAUAUAAGUGUUUACGAAAUAUGUCCCUCUGAACUGCCCCUCUACAACGGUUCAAGGGUCACAGGUCAUCACUGUCAGCGUGUCAGGUGACCUGCUGGUACCUGUCAUCUCUAAUCUGGAAACGAUACUGGCUUUGCCUAAUGGAUGUGGAGAACAAAACAUGAUCUC